AUGUCGACAUUAACUGACAUCAAGACAGACAUAUUUUCUCAACGGUGCGCAAGGAAACGACCCAUUCCAUAUCAUCGUCCGACACCUUCUAGUUCUAGCAGUUGUAGCAGUCGUAGCCGUAGCAGAAGCAGAAGUCUAAGAAGUUGGACAAGAUCUCGUAGUCGAUCGAUUGUAAGAAAUCGUAGAAUUCCGAGCGAACCUAGAACGAGAAGAUCGCGGACGAAAUCUCCUUCGCCCAAACCUGAAUCAUCACCUCCGGAAUCAUCAUGUGAAAUAUAUAAUUUAGAAUCACCCUCACUACAAAAUGCCCAAUGGACUCCACCCGUCGAAGAAGAAUUUAAAGAACCAACACCCGAACCUGAAAAAUAUUCAUCUCCUCCGCCGCCGCCGCCGCCACCACCACCACCACCACCACCUUCGGUAAAAGAAGUGACGGAAGAACAAGUGGAAGAGAUUCCUGUCGUGAAAGAAACACCCAUAAGUAUAGCUUCUGUAUCUCGUACUAGCAUUCCUCACAGUCGUCCUACCAUACAUCACAUACACCCCUCUUUGGCUCUUCUUCAUCAUGCUCGACCACAUGGAGGAUUAUCUCUUGUUCACGAACCAAUUCUUAUCGAUCCAUAUCAUCCAUUGCUAAGAACUCCCCUACAAAGACACAUUCCAGGAUCUUAUUAUUCCCCAUAUUUGGGUGCUCCCUAUUGUUAA